CGCCAAAGCCCGACAGCGUGAGCAGCGCGCGCCACGGAGCGCGCCUGGAUCCGCGUCUGUGCCUCCGACGGACGCGUAAUGAGCGACCACUGCCUCGGACCCUGAUGCGCGUCCACUGACAUGUCACGAGUCCGUCGAGUCCCGCAGUCGUGCGCUCGGACUUCUUCGCUGCUGGACUCCUCCUGCGACGCGCUGUGCGGCUGCACAUGACCGUGUUUACGUGCGGAUAAAGUCGCGGGCGCUGCCGAGGCGCCGUUUGUGAACUCCGCUCGCGCGGACGGUGCGCGUAAACUCGCGGCGUGAACGUAACUGCGGGCGCUUUGCCGACAUGGAGUGGCGGAGCGCGUGUCGCAUGGUCUGCUUCCCGGUGCAGAUGCUCUACCACAUCAUACGGGCGACUCUGUCCACGAUAGUGCCCGGCAGAAGGAAGGACCUGACCGGGGAGGUGGUGCUGGUCACCGGCGGCGGGCGAGGCAUCGGACGUCACCUGGCCAAAGAGUUCGCGAGACAAGGCGCCAGAAAGGUGAUCUUGUGGGGCCGAACGGAGAAGUGCCUCAAAGAGACGGCUGAGGAGAUUUCUCUCUCGGGAACCGAGUGCCAUUACUUCCUGUGUGACGUGGCCAAUCGGGAGGAAGUGUACAAACAAGCCAAGGUGGUGAGGGAGAAGGUGGGGGACGUCACCAUACUGGUGAACAACGCAGCCGUGGUCCACGGCAAAAGUCUGAUGGACAGCGACGACGACAGCCUCCUGAAGUCGCAGCACGUCAACACCUUGGGCCAGUUCUGGACUACAAAAGCCUUCCUGCCUCGGAUGCUGGAGCUGCAGCACGGCCACGUCGUGUGCAUCAACUCCAUCCUGUCCCAGUCCCCCAUCCCGGGCGCCAUAGACUACUGCACAUCCAAGGCCUCGUCGCUGGCCUUCAUGGAGAGCCUGACGCUGGGCCUGCUGGACUGCCCGGGCGUGGGCUGCACCACGGUGCUGCCCUUCCACACCAACACCGAGAUGUUCCAGGGCAUGAGGGUCAGGUUUCCUCAGCUCUUCCCACCUCUGAACCCCGAGGUCGUGGCCCAGAGGACGGUGGACGCAGUCAGAGCGGACAGGGCCUUCCUCUACCUGCCCUGGACCAUGCACGCGCUCGUCAUCCUGAAGAGCUUCAUGCCACAAGUUGCACUUGAAGAAAUCCACAAGUUUUCGGGGACGUACACCUGCAUGAACACAUUCAAAGGGAGGACAUGAACGUGGAUGUCACGGAACCGUCAUGGGACUCGAACGCUGGUUUAAUGAAGGGAAAAUGGACCUUAAGAGCUGGAAGCGGAGGAGACCUCAUUAGAGUGGAGACAAGUACUUAGCGACUUUCACAAAGGGGCUCGACUCCCAGUAGAGUUAAUUGAGGAGCUGCAGGACACACCCUGGUCCUGUUUGUGUGUAUAGUACGGAGGACUGUGCCAUUCUCACUGAACAGAAGCCAUCCAUAGGUUUAUACCUGUAGUUAGUCAGUGACACUUACUGUAGUCUGUUUUUUACACUUCUUUUUUUAUCUGCCUGAUGAUGAGUUUUUGAAUGAAAUCAAGUUAAUAAAAUUGGGCUUUAGCGUUU